GAGAGAUACCUCACAGGAGCUUCGACAGAUACCGGGAUCAUGAACCAGGACAAGAUACAGAUGGACCCUGAGAGCGGGAGAGUGCUGUUGGUCAGGGAGCCGAACAAGAGGACUUGCCUCUGGCAAGCUCUCUGCGCCGUGGCCGUGCUGGGCUUGGUCGCCGUCACCUCUUACCUGCUGCUGUCUCAGAUGAGAGUGCUCCCAACGCAACAGGACGAGUCAGGGGGCUCGGAGCCGGCAGCGGAGAGGUUCAAGGCCAGCAACGAUCUGGAACAGUUCAUGAAGCAAGUUGGGGGCGCGGAGAGAGCGAAGAUCGCGGCUCACCUCACAGCGUCACCAACCAUCAGAGGCAAGGAUGUGGUCUGGCAGAAAGACACGGACUCCACCUUCACCGAGGGUGUCGACUUCGAGAACAACGGCCUGGUCAUCAAGACCCCCGGCCAGUACUUUGUCUACACCCAGGUGGUGUUUCACGGCAAAGGCUGCCGGAAUGAGGCCACCUACCUCAGCCACAACGUCUCCUCGCUCUCUGUCAGCUACCCGGAAGAAAACCUGCUCCUGAAGGCCACCAAGUCGGUCUGCCACUAUGGUCCACACCAGCAGCACUGGUACAAGACCUCCUACCAGGGGGCCAUCUUCCAGUUUGAGGAGGGAGACCAUAUCUUCUCCAGGGUCAACGAGAUGGUGGUGCGCUAUGUGGACAGUGCUCAGGGAAAAACCUUCUUCGGAAUAUUCGCCUUGUGAGGAACCUGGUGAAUGGCAACUGGUCAAUGUUUCCAGACUGGAAGGCAGCAAACACUGAAUGGGGCAUAUUGUCCUAUAGAGCACGUUCUGGACAUUCCAUGUCAUGUCUGAACUCUCAAGAUAAGCUGAUUGUUUUCUGUUUUAUGGCACGGUAUUUAUUUUAUAUUUAAAUAUGUUUCUCUUAUUGAAUCAAGUACUCCUCAGGGAGAAUAUAAGUAGACAACCCCAAGAGGUAACAAGUGAGGUAUGGGGUCUGAUAUUCAGACCAUUUAGCUCAUGAGGCCAGUUAUUGAUCCUUGUGGGGUCUGGCCAAUGCCUUAUAAUAUCUGUGAGGCAUAUCUGGUACAUCUAUGUGGGUUCUAAAUGGUUAAGGCUCUGAGCUUCCAGAUUGGUGAGAAAACUCAGUCAAACUCCCCACAGUCAACUUGCUUUCCACACUUCCAAUCUGACUGGUCACCUUUUUGGGGAGGAAGAUGUAACUUUUCUACACUGUGACUGGUUACCACCUCACCAACAAAAAAUAAUUUAUUCUGUGAACAGUAUGAAUCAGCUCCCACACAAAAGUACCCAGCAUUGAAUAAUUUAGCCUGUUUCGUGUACUGGGUCUUUUUGAAUGGGAUGUGAUCUGCUCGUCACUUAAGUUGAACAUUGGGAGCUUUCUGGGUUUCUGGGGAGUUUCAGUGGAGACACCAUGUUCUCUCAGCUACCUGAAUCACCCACUCACCAAUCUGCAGGCAGAGAAAUCAUUUAGUUUCAUCCAGUGACAAUUUCUACGCAAAGCAUUCCACUGUUCCACAUCAGCUGUGGCAGAAUAUAGGACAUAUAAAAAUAUUACAUCUGUUUUAAGGAUGUCUAUAAAUGU